GUUAUAAAACCCACUCUGUCAUGAGGGCGCUAUCCUGCAGUGGAGCUCAAGUGUUACUCAGAGAAGCACACAGACGAAAGAGAAGUUCCCACUUGCCUUCCUCUGGCUGCUCUAUCCUCUCUGUUUGAGCAGUAUCAUGGCCAGAAACCUGCUGAAGAAUCCCAGUGGGGAAGAGGAGCUGGAGUUCUGGGAGCUGACGGAGAACGGAGGGAGUCAGUGGAAGGUGGAGGAAAUGCCGGGAGACUGUGGCUUCGACUUCUGCAGCGACGGAGUGACCAAAUACUUUGCGACCUCCUUUGAGCUGUGUCUGAAGAGACAGGUGGUCGACUUGUUAGCCGAGGGUUACACUGAAGAACAGUUGGACGCUGAGCCUGCAGUCACAGUGGAGGACUGGUACUGCGGGAGGACAGAUUGUGGCUGCACUUAUCAAAUGAGCGUCUGCCUGUUGGACGAUAAUCAGGAGGUCUUACAAGAGUUCAAACCUGAGCCAGUGACCCUCGACCCCGACUGUGACGACUGCUCAUGGAAACAGGUAAUCCAUACAUUUUCUGACUACGGCCCCGGGAUGCGUUUCAUUUCCUUUGAACACGGCGGACAAGACUCCAAGUUCUGGGACGGCUGGUUCGGAGUCCGGGUCACUGGAAGCUCUGUUACUCUCGAGGUUUGAUUAGAAAGGGAAGGUCGUGAAGGUGACGGGAGUCAGAGAGCUAAAGGAGUAAGGAGGGGGGUGAUAUGAGAACUCCUGAGUGACACAGUGUAGUAUAGGUUUCAAGGUUUCUAGAGGACCAGCUUUGCCUUAUGCACAAUCUAUAAAUGCUGUAGAAACAUACUGCUACACCGAAGACUGUAGUUACAGUUUAAAAAAAAAACCCUAUCAUGGUGGCAUGUUAGCUUUACUAACUUUAGAAAUCUGCUGCUUGAAAUAGUCGUGAAUCAUGACUUCUUAACUUCUACCUCUGGACAGUGACUUACCCUGGUGUUAAAAUAAAUGAUGUGUUGUAUGGUGUGUGGGGUAGUUGUAUACUGGAAUUAAAAAGAUGAAAACUGUUGUACAUUA